AUGUUACUUAGAAGCUCCUCUACUCCAACUCUAAGUUCAUUGUUACUCUAUAAUUUCAAAGAGUCCUCUCUUGAGCCAUAUCAUACUCUUAAACUUCCUAGAGCAAUAACAUUUUUUAGUCUAAGCCAAAACAAGACUAAGAUGGACCUUAAAAACACAUCAAGUCCUAAGAAAACAAUUUCCUUAGAAAGAAAUGAAGUGAAAGAGGCUAAGAUGAUGCAAACUUCAAUGAUGGGUGGUGGGAUGAAGAAUAAUGGUGGAUGUAAAAGUGGUGGAAGAGGAUCAGAUGGAGGAAAUGGAAAAGGUUGGAAUCUCAAUGAAGGAAAUAAUCAUGGUAGAGAUAAGAUGGAUUCUUAUUACCAAAACAUGAUUGAAUUACACCCUUGUGAUGCUCUUUUGCUCGGAAAUUAUGCUAAGUUUUUGAAGGAGAAUUUCCUUUGGGAUGGUGAAAAUGAAGAAGAUAAAGACUAUCAAAUUGAAUCUGAUCAGAGCCAUCACUUACAAGAAACUAAGCAUUUCCCUCAUUUAACAGCAGCUUCAUAA